AUGCUCAACUACCUGAUGCAGCUAGAUUCACCCAAGCAACAGCACCUGGACCAUGGGAAGUACCUCCAGGUACGAUACGAAGACUUUGCUACACUCCCUAUCGUUGUCGAUGAACUGCUGGGCUGGGCUGGGCUGGGCCCCCUUCCCCCAACCGUGGCAAUGUGGAUCGACGAACACACCAAAAUGCCGAACUGUGAUGUUGCGCACGGCCCGAGAACGCGCCGCCGGAUGGUCACCAGCUUGGUCGCCACCGCAGCUAGCCACGAAGGUUGUGGCGGCUCCAUGGCAGUCUUGGUCAGCGGGUGCGAACAAGACGAGCAACAUCACCGGGAGAUAGGCCACACCGGCGCCUUGCGGAAGCCAGAGAACCUGAGAAAGAGGGAACCCUUUGACCUUCAGGGAUAUGCCACGUCGGUUCCGGCAAGUGGAACAACAGCGGUGUCUACUGGAACAACCAACGGGAGCCCUCCUGUACGACCGGAUUCUCGAAAGGUCCUCCUGUACGACGAAGGCACCGGCGGGGACUGCAUCAACCAGAAACGUUACUCCGACCAGCAUCCCUACGACACAAAGAGGUACUCCUCGGCCAUGGUAAACCUGUGGCGACAACAGAUGCCCCAAGCGGACGCCAAGGCCGUUUGGGACGCUUGCCAAGCGUCCAGGGUCAUGGAGGAGCUAGAUUACUCUGACGAAUGA